GGCGCGGUUUUUCUCUUCCCUCCCCCUCCGUUUUACGAAUGAGCGCGCUCAGCUGAUUCCCAGAAGCCGGGGCGCCUGAUUCCAGUUCUCCUCGGGCGGCUGAUGGUGCCGCUAUGCCCGUCCCCGGCGUCCCUUCUCUCCCAUUCUGACCCCGCGUGUCAUGAGCUUCUCUAAAGACUCUCCACGACAGCCUGACCCCGAUCUGACCAGGAUGAUCUCCGCCGCUUUGGGCCCCGGGAUAGCCCGCCUCUUUUACUACCCGACCCUCUUGUACACGCUGGUGCGGGAGCGGCUGCCUGGCUCGCAACGGCCGUGGUUCAGCCGCAUCGACCGCGCGGUGGUCUUGGGGGCCCUUCCACUGCGGGGACGCUGCCGCCAGUUGAUAGAACAAGAGAAUAUCCGAGGAGUACUCACCAUGAAUGAAGAGUAUGAGACUCGCUUCCUAUGCUGCUCUCCAGAAGAAUGGGAGGCAAUGGGUGUAGAACAAAUGCGUCUUAGCACUGUGGACUUGACUGGAAUCCCUUCACUAGAAAAUCUCCAGAAAGGUGUCAAGUUUGUAUUGAAACAUCGUGAAUGUGGAAACAGCGUCUAUGUGCACUGCAAAGCUGGACGUUGUCGUAGUGCCACUAUGGUUGCUGCAUAUCUAAUUCAGGUCCACCAGUGGACUCCUCAGGAAGCAAUUGAAGUCAUUGCUAAGAUUCGUCCUCAUAUCAUUGUCCGUCGUAAACAGCUGGAGUUGUUAGAGGAUUUUCAUAAGGCUGUAACUGAUGAAAAUCCGCAGUUACAGCAGAAGCCAACAGAUGCAAAACAACUACCACAGAAUAAGCAAAGAGACAGAAAGUCACUGAAAGAUACUCAGGAUUCUGCUCUGAAAACAUCUGGUUCCUAAUUUAUUAGGAGCAAGAUAU